UCUUGGCGGGAAGGGCUGAGUGGAGUAUGGCAGGGGCCGGCGAGUCUUUCCAGGUGAAUGAACCCAAAAGCCCCCAGGGCAGAAUUGGUUUAACCACGACACCAAAACAGACUAUAAUUUUACAGAAGCAAGUUCAAGUACUCCUUCUUCCAUUUGUUAUCAAAAAGAAUAAACAGGGCCAAAUGAUGAGCCCUCAGAAUCUAUCAGAAAAUAAUUCUAACAAUGAAGAAAGUCCUGAAGUAAAAAGAAAACGCAGAGAACUUGAAACUCUAGAAAUAGAAGCUACAUUUCCCAAGGAGGAAUGCAGUCCACACAAAUCGUCUUUGAGUCCUCAGACAGAACAAAGUCUUGGGAUACCCGGGAAUACUAAAGAUGUGUUGGCUCUCAGUGAAUUGCAAAGCAAUCAGGAAGGAGAUGGUGAUGAAAUUGAAACAGCUGAUCUGGAUGGUUCAACAGAGCUGUCAGCUUAUGAAAAGAAGAGACUAAAAAACAUAUCAGAAAAUGCUGAUUUUUUUGCUUCACUUCAUUUGGUAGAGACAGCUGCAAGGUUACGUGAAAUGAUUACAAAAAGGCCAUCUCAUGGAAUCAAGAGAAAGAAGCCAAUGAAGGCUGAAGAUGAGAUUGUAUGUCGAAGAUCCAUGAGGUUAUUAAAAGUAGAUCCAUCAGGAGUCCCCUUGUCAGAUCCUUCACCACAGCCUGAAUCAGUGGUUGAACAAAAUCCUCGCUUACCUCCUGGGCCUUUGGAAAUGAUACCAGAAAAUCAGAAUGAGCAAAAUGAAAUGUUUAAAGGACUUUUGCAGAUGUGGAUGAAAAUAAGCCAGCCAAGAAAUAAGAGUACUAAGAAGUUAUCUAGUGUUAAAAGAUACAAAGCUAGUUUGAGUGGCAUGGUCAUUAAUGAAGCUACUAUCUGUAAAGUUACCAAAACUAGAAUAUGCUCUAUAGCUAUUCAUCCAUCAGAAACUAGGACAUUGGUGGCAGCUGGGGACAAGAUUGGCCAAGUUGGACUAUGGGAUUUGACUCAGCAACCUAAAGAAGAUGGGGUUUUUACCUUUAUUCUCCAUAGUCAAUUAGUUGGCUGUCUCAACUUUUCACCUACCAAUCCAGCCCAUCUGCUGUCACUGAGCUAUGAUGGGACAUUACGCUGUGGAGAUUUUACUAGGGCCAUAUUUGAAGAGGUAUAUAGAAAUGAAGAAAGAGAUUUUUCAUACUUUGACUUCUUGGCUGAUGAUGCAUCUACUUUAAUAGUAGGACACUGGGAUGCAGGUGUGGCUAUCGUGGAUAGACGAACACCAGGAACUUCAUAUGAGCAAUUUUUCAAUUCCAAUAUGAGCUUAAUAAGAACUCUCCAGGUUCACCCAGUGAAUAGACAUUAUUUCAUAGCUGCUGGUGCAAGGGAUGUUCAUAUUUAUGAUUUGCGGUACCUCAAACCUAGAGGAAUGAAACCUUUGAUAUCUCUCACUGAACACAUGAAGAGCCUUGCUUCUGCUUAUUUUUCACCUGUUACUGGCAACAGAGUAGUAACUACAUGUGCUGAUGAUAAUUUGAGAGUCUUUGACACUAGCUGUAUGGCUUCCAAGAUUCCUUUGCUCACCAGAAUCAGGCAUAACAACAACACAGGACGGUGGUUGACCAGAUUCAGAGCUGACUGGGAUCCAAAGCAAGAAGAUUGCUUUAUUGUUGGUAGCAUGGCUCGCCCAAGAAGCCUAGAUGUAUUCCAUGAGGAUGGAGAGCUAGUACACUCUUUUACUGAUGAAGAGUGCCUUGCCUCUGUUUGUUCCAUCAAUGUCAUGCACCCAACUCAGAAUAUCUUGGCUGGGGGGAAUUCUAGUGGGAGAGUUCAUGUAUUUAAGGGUUAAAAAUAGAAGUUCCCAAGGUUUAGCUUUGACAAGAUUUGAUUUAUUUAACUUAGGUGGUGUCCAAGGAGCAUGGAUUUCUAGUCUUGUAACACUGUAAGUUGCUUUAUAAAUAUGAAAAUGCCAAAAUGAGCAUUUUGCACUUUGAUUUUUAGGGAGAAGCAAUAGAAAUCUGGAGUUUUCUCCCCCCACUAAAAGUUGAGGGUGAGAAUUUGGGGAGGCAUGAUUUAUGUACAUUUCUAUAGACAUGUUCUGAAGUGCUAAAAUAUUUUGAAUGAUUAGUAUUAAAGUUUUGUGA